CGCGUGACGACAUCACCGCGCGCCGGCGCUUUCCUCCGCCGCUGCCGCCGCCACCAUGGAAUCCAACAGGGACGAGGCGGAGCGUUGUAUCGCUAUCGCGGUGGGCGCCAUCAAGGCCGGCCAAGUCGAGAAGGCGCGUCGCUUCUUGGAGAAGGCGCAGCGCCUCUACCCGUCUCAGCGGGUCCGCGUGCUGCUUGAUUCUCUCACCAGGAGUGAAAAAUCAUCAAAUGGCCAUUCACAAACCAAGGAAUCCACAAACCCCCACCUUAGAAAAAUGAGUGGGGACAUCCCUGCAGCCAAUGGAGAGGCAGGUGGGGAUAUCAGUAAAGGUUACACUCAAGAUCAGGUAGAUGCAGUUAAGAGGGUAAAACAAUGUAAAGACUAUUAUGAAAUUCUGGGUGUGAGCAGAGACUCCUCCGACGAGGAUCUGAAAAAGGCGUACCGGAAAUUAGCACUGAAAUUUCACCCCGAUAAGAAUCAUGCACCUGGUGCAACGGAGGCCUUUAAAGCUAUUGGCAAUGCAUACGCAGUAUUGAGUAAUCCAGAGAAGAGGAAGCAGUACGACCAGUUUGGAGAUGCAAAAGUCAGUCCCACACGGCACGGGCAUAGCCCUACGGACUUCAACCGAGGGUUUGAGGCUGACAUCUCUCCUGAAGACCUCUUCAAUAUGUUCUUUGGUGGUGGUUUUCCUUCUAGCCCCACCCUUAAUAGAGAGCCCAAAGGAAGACAACACAGGGAGUGCACCGUCUCUGCCUGCAGCAGGAAGCCUCCGAGAGUGGUGGAAUCUACCUGGAGGGAACGUCGGGGAGAGCCACGUAACGUUCACGUAUACAGCAACGGCAGGAUGCGAUAUACCUACCACCAGAGGCAAGACAGGCGGGAGCAUCAAGGCGACGGUGGCCUUGGGCUGUUUGUCCAGCUGAUGCCUAUUCUCAUCCUCAUCAUCGUUUCUGCUCUCAGCCAGAUGAUGGUCUCCAGUCCACCUUACAGUUUGAGCCACAGACCGUCGGUUGGCCAUAUAUUCAAGAGAACGACCGAACACUUGAAAGUAUCUUACUAUGUAGCUGACAACUUUGCAGAAGAAUACACUGGGACAAAUCUGAAAAACGUGGAGAGGAGUGUGGAAGACGACUAUAUUGCAAAUCUCCGAAAUAACUGUUGGAAGGAAAAACAACAGAAGGAAGGCUUGCUGUACCGGGCACGUUACUUUGGAGAUUCAGAUCUGUAUCAGAGAGCACAGAAGAUGGGGACGCCAAGCUGCAGCAGGCUGUCUGAAGUUCAGGCUUCUAUGCAUGGAUAACUAUUGCGGAAACAGUCCAUAGAGAGCUAAACUCUUCAGAUGCCUGAAGACUUUGGGGGAAGUGCACUGAGCCAAGGAGACUUUCUAUUUAAAGAAUCAGACCUUAAAUUAAAAUGGAAUUGGAGAAUUAGCAACGCACAACCGCCCUCCUCUCUCUCUCUCUCUCUCUCUCUGUCCAGCGUUAAGACUCGGACAUCUCUUAUAAUGGGGGAGGGGGGGAGACCAUGUCUUUUUUCUCCUUCCUUCGCUAUCAACUGUCAUAUGUCUCUGAGAGCAAGCAUUGAGUUGUUUUUCUUUUAAAGCCUGGAGAAAAUCAGAGAGCUUUUGAAAUUGCACUGGUCACUUCGAAGAGAGUGGGAGAAAUUGGAAGAUCCGUAGGAGUAAAAAAGAAAAGAAAAAAAAUCAGUUUUAAAAAGCAAGAUAAAUUAUUUAGAAUUAACUUAUAGCUGUAAAUAUGUUGUACUUCUAAACUAUGCAGGGAUAGAAUUAAAUUAUUUCAUUAUUUUGCCGAACUUCAUAACCCAAGAUGUGUGAAUUUCAGCCUUUUCCCCCUCUCUCCCUCUCUCUCUGUUUGACCCCGUGAAAACUUUCCUACAUAAAGCAACCUUGUCUGAUGACACACAAGUUUUGUAUUUUUUAAUAGCUUGGUUUUACUGGAGAAAUCGUCCCCCCAUUUUUUGUAUAAGAGAAUCACUAAAAUUGCUAGGGAAGUUUUUUCUACACUCAAUUUUCGGCCCAGUUUUGGAUUUGUGGUCUAAAUCCAUGACCUUUCAACAGAGGGCUUGAUGCUCAGAGCGAGGAGAGAGAUUUGUCUCUUUACUUGUGCUUUUCGUGUGGAACUUCUUAUUUUUAUGUUUUGCAGUCCCUGUGUUCUCUGCCUUUUAAUCAGUGUUCAUUCUGGUACAUGGAUGUUCUUCGUGGAAACCUCCUCCUGGCCAUUCCCCCUCCCCCCCAUGCUGAUUUCCAUCUUGCAGUGCUAUAAAGUUGUAAGCAAAGCUGCCUCCUUUUCUUGGCAAACAGCUAGUGCUGAUUUCAUUCCAGGAACCUGGUGUCCGUCAGCAAAAUGGGUCGCCCCCAAUACACAUCCUCCAUUCAUACUGGUGGGGCUUUGGUAGCCCAAGGGAGGGAAGUCCAAGGCAUAGCAGCUUAGUUUGCUGGCUUUUGCCCUUUAUCGGUUUCUGGAAGAGAACAGGGUCUUUUUUGUCAGAAGAGGUUUGGCUACAGUCUCUCUUUGCUUGAGCAAGUUAAAAGAAGUUGACUGGUACUACUCCUUUUACUUGACCGGACAGUAUAGUCUAUUUUCCACUGGAUUUUUUAAAAAAACAGUAACCCAUUUCCCUUAGCGAUGCCCAUCCUGUUUUUUGUUUUGUUUUGUGUUUUUAGAAGCAGAUACUGUGCUUUUAACAUUACUACAUACAGCUGAGUAAAGGUUAAUGCUCACAGUUCUGACGACUCUAGUUGUGUGCUCCUCCUGUCUCUGUGCUGGAUCCUCCAUUGUCAUCUAAGGAGGAAGGUUAUCCUGCAUUCAUUCCUCUUGCGUGGAACUAAAUAGGUGCUCUUGACCAAGGCUAAUGUGUCCUGUUAAGAGAAGACUUAGUUAUGCCAAGUUACCACUGACCACACCAGCUGGAUUCCUCUCUGUUUUGCUCUUCCUCUCAUCCAGAGGCAUUUUCUAUACAGAGCAUUCAGAAUUCCUUCUGGAAAUUCGCUUGUUCAAAACAGAAUACCAGGUACCAAAUGCUAGGUUAGGUGUUAACUGAUAAAAUAUCCUUUUAACUUAUCCUGUUCUUUUGGAGCCGACAAACUGGAUAUUCAUUUAAGAUAAGCCACAGAGUUUGCCUUUUAAUGAGUCUUGAUACCUGCCAUACUUUAGCCCACACUGAAGGACGGAUUCACUCAGUGUGUACUUAAAGCUACAAGAAGACCGCCCUGCCCCAUGUUGUUUUGUGACGGAAGACCUGGGCCACAUCAUUGUCUAAAACCUCAGUCCUGUUAACUAACCUGCAGUGAUCCCUUGAGCUCCAACUGUGUUUGGAGGGUCACCCCAUUCAGCAUGAAGUUGCCGACGUCUUGGAAAACGGCAUUGGCAACCCCGGUGCCUACCUGUCCACAAACCUUUUGAUUUCUUAAGUAGAUAGAUAGCCAUGGAUGUUAUGAGCGAUGUGCAAUAAAAAAGCAUAGAUCCUGAGAGAUACUUGCAAAGGCUGUGUUUGUUAAUUUAGAAUUAUACAAUUGUACAUCUAUAAAUAAAAGAUUUAUAACAUGGAA